CGCUUCCCUGUUCAUUUUGGCGUUGGUCUCCGCCUUCGUCGAUGACAUAUUUCUUUCUAUACAUUCUCUCUUUUGUUACGUUUGGGCCAACGGAUAGUGGGUUCGAUGCGAUACGAUGGUUGUACAUAGCAUAAGGCAUUGCUCACCAUGGGUGCCUCGUUUGGUUUCUUCUGCGUUUGCUGCUUUGUCGUGCGUUUCCCGGUUCGUCCAUGGGGUUUGUCACCUGGAAUGUCUUCGCGUUUAUCUCCGGAGGCGGGUGUUUGCGAGGAGUGCAUGGUGCUUUUCUCAUUGCCAUUUGUGUUUUUUAAGGUGGCCGGAAUGGUAUCUUUAUCUUUAUCUUAUCCUGGGCUUCGUCUACUUUCUAUGUGCGUUUGGCGUAGGUAUCCCUGGUCUGGGUUACCUACUUGGUUAUAUGGUGUUUGCGCCACGACUCGAUGACUCGGUUCUGUUGGUGGACUGAGGCUUUCCCGACCUCUCCUGGAGUAAUGUAUUCACUUGCGCGAUCAAGC